GGUACCGCAGGAGGCGGGCGCGGUGGGCGCCCCGGUCCCGGCGCAGGGGGAGGGCGCGAUUCCCUGCGCCCGCGCAGCUUCUGGCGGGCGGCGCCGCUGUCCGCCCCCCUCGGCGGGCUCACUAGCCCUGGGGUGGAGUUGCUGGCCGGCGCGGCCCGCGGUUGGGGUCGACCCAGCCGUUGGAGUGCGGUGCCAGGCUUCGCGCCCGGGCCGCGCGGCCUUUCUGAGACCUACGCCGGCCUGGCGGCCCCAGCGCGCUCGACCCGGCGCGAGGGUCCAAGGGCCGCUGCACUUGAGCUGAGGACUUGGCCGACCUUGGCUCGGGCCGGGGCGCGGGGGCGGGGGCGCGUCGCUGAGCGCGCAAGGUGCUGCGGCCGGGUGGCCGCUUGCGCUCCGCGGGUCCCUCGCGCACUCCGCCUGGCCGUCCGCUGGGCAAAGUUUCUCCCGGGCCUAGGACCCCCGGGUCGGGGCCCUUCUCGGAGCAGAGCGGGUCUGCCGAGAGACCGCGCGUAAAGACGCGUGCACGGCCACCGCGGAAGGGGCUACGGCGGCGCCAAGGAAAGGAAAUAUCAUGCUCCUGGAAAUGGCCUGAUAUGAAGGAGUCAUACCUCCAGCUUUCCCAAGCUGCCCGGUGGGUGCCUUGUCCUUCAAGUGCAGGAGCUGGCUGAAAUAUCAGGAAUGGAAGCCAAUGUGACUAUCCCAAUCUGGCAAAACAAGCCGCAUGGGGCUGCUCGGAGUGUGGUAAGAAGAAUUGGGACCAAUCUGCCCCUGAAACCUUGUCCCCGGGCAUCCUUUGAGACUCUGCCCAAUAUCUCUGACCUGUGUUUGAGAGAUGUACCUCCAGUCCCUACUCUGGCUGACAUUGCCUGGAUUGCUGCAGAUGAAGAGGAAACAUAUGCUCGGGUCAGGAGCGACACGCGCCCUUUAAGACACACCUGGAAGCCCAGCCCUCUGAUUGUCAUACAACGUAAUGCCUCAGUGCCCAAUCUGCGUGGGUCUGAGGAGAGGCUCCUGGCCCUGAAGAAGCCAGCCCUGCCUGCCCUAAGCCGUACCACUGAGCUGCAGGAUGAACUAAGCCACUUGCGAAGUCAGAUUGCUAAAAUAGUGGCAGCAGAUGCAGCUUCGGCUUCAUUAACACCAGAUUUCUUAUCUCCAGGAAGUUCAACCGUCUCUUCUCCUUUGCCUUGCUUUGGAUCCUCAUUGCACUCUACAACUUCCUUUGUCAUUAGUGACAUCACUGAGGAGACUGAGGUAGAGGUGCCUGAGCUCCCGACAAUCCCCCUGCUUUGUUCUGCCAGCCCUGAAUGUUGCAAACCAGAACACAAAACUACCUGCAGCUCAUCUGAAGAGGAUGACUGCAUCUCUUUGUCCAAGGCCAGCAGCUUUGCAGACAUGAUGGGCAUCUUGAAGGAUUUUCACCGGAUAAAACAGAGCCAAGACCUGAGUCGGAGUUUACUGAAGGAAGAAGACCCUGCUGUACUUAUCUCUGAGAUCCUUAGGAAGAAGUUUGCCCUGAAGGAAGAAGACAUCAGUAGAAAAGGAAAUUGACAGCUCUGACUCUGCAAACUCAGUCUCUUGCUCCUGAACUCCUUCAAUAGCUGCCUUCCUCGCUGCAGAUGUCUGUCUCCAUUAGAAAUCUGCAAGUCUUGCUGACUAGGGCUUGAGCUGGAAGAGAAGAGCUGGAUUGUGUGUUUCCUGCCUUAAACCUUGGCAGAAGCUAAUGUCUGGUUUGAGAUGAGGCAUUUGUUACACGUAAUCGGGUAGGGUGGAGCAUCUCUGCUUAAGAGUUGAAGUUUGUUUUUGUCUCUGUGAAAAUGGGCCCUAAAUGACUUAAUUCACUGUAUUAGACUCCAUAAUUGGUCUCACUGGACACUUUGUGCACAGCUGUCACUCACUCUCAGUAGCUUCUUUGCAACAACACAGGGCUAAGAGGGAGUGGCUGUUUGUGUUCCUGUUCACAGGGAAGAUCUUACGCUGCUCCAUCAUAGACCUACACCAGAGCCCAGCAGUCACCCUUUCCCUCCAGCUGUAGGUCAGGCCACUGGACCAGCCACUACUUGGGAUCUGCAGGGAAGCCUGGCCUGUUUUUUCUUAAACAUAUUUUAUAAAACUACAAGACCUACCCUCCAGGGCCUCAUCGGUUCUACUGAUUCAAACUUUUUUUCUCCCAUGGACUUAAGUCUAUCUAGGAAGGAGGAAUGGGGAGAGAAAAAAGCAUAACAUCUUUUAUUCUAGAACAAUGACUGAUUUCUCUGGAUUGGGCCAAGAUUUUAUUUACUGCAUCAUGCAUGACUCAGGUGCCCUCAGGGCCCUUCUCUGUGGUAUGAAUACUGCGUGUUUGAGUUGGAGCACUACCUGAUAUUAAAUGAAGGACUUGGAGAAAUA